AUGUUGUUAAUAUCUGUGUUUAUUGCUAUUGUUAACAUUCUCACUGUUGUCACCAUCUGGCGAACGCGCAAACUCAGAACUAUUUCCAACAUGUUUGUGACGUCACUUUCCCUAGGCGACCUACUUUUUGGACUUCUAAUGCCCGUCGGGAUUUUCGUUUCUACAGGAUUUCCUCAAUCUGUUUUGAGCACCAGCAUAUUUCUUUGCCACAUGCCGAUCAUGAUUUUCGUAUGUCUGAACACCCAGUCUUUCACGACCAUCACAUUGAUUGGUGUGGAGCGCUUUAUUUACAUCGUGUAUCCCUACAAGUACCCGAAUCUUGUGACCAAAACUAAAGUGUUAUUUGGAAUUACGUUUACGUGGAUUGCCGGCGUAUUCAUGGAUGUGGCGGUAAUGAGCUCCAUAGCCUGGGAGAAGCGGUGUAACUCCAACAGCACAGUUAACCCUAACAUGAUCAUGGCUGGAAUUGGCGUCUAUACGUUUCUGGCGAUUACUGUUGGUGUCAUGUAUUCCUACAUCACGUACGUGGCGUUCAAACACAUGACGUCAAUUCACGCCCAAACACGGGGAGGCGUCGUCAACUCGCUGCGACGUUCUAGUUUCAAAGCAGUCAAACUCUUUUUGGCUGUCUAUUCUGUUUUCAUUCUAUGCUGGAUUCCAUUCUUCGUGCUCAACGUGGUUGGGACCUCGCUAGCUAAAUCGAUUGCCACCAGCCUUGCGUUUCUGAGUUCUGGUUUAAAUUUCUGUGUGUACGUGUGGAUGAACCCAGCGUUCAGAAUGGGCGUUAGAAACGUGUGCUUCUCCAUGUCCCCUUCCAGUAGUGUGACAGAUUCCUUCGCCAUGCAUUAA